CGGUGUAAACGAUGCGGCGGGAGAUUGUGAAGGAGGAUCUAGCGGCGGCGGAGGAGCUCGGGGUGGCGGGUUUAGCGGUUCUGUUACCAGCGGAGGAGGCGGGGGAGGAUCGCGAGGUGGCGGCGGAAGUAGCAGCGAUGAACAAAGUGGCGGCGGCGGUACGAAGAGCCGUAGCGGCAGAGGCGGUACUGUAACGAGCAGCAGAGCCACGGCGGUGGGCCGAUCGAAUGCUUCCAGCCGCAGACGUCCAUCCACAGUGGUAUUAGGACUAUAGGAGGAUGGACAUCCGUAACAAUGGCGUUCCUGGCUUACAAUUCAGCGAUUCGGAUCCCAAUUUGAAUCCGCAGAUUGGUACGUACUCACCAAAUUAUCGAUCUGAUGACGGUUUUUCAAAUUCUCAGAUCUAUGUACGUACUAAAUAUGUUACUCCGUAUUACUCUAACAUUGUGACGAUUUUCAAUUGGUUUUCAAUAUUUGAGGAGUAUCCGAAGAGGGCUUAUUUGUCGUCCCUCGAAGGGGUUGUUAUUUGAAAAUCCCAGUUUUUUUCUUUUUAGUGUUUAAGUUGUUCUUUUUUUUUGUUUCCCACUCUGUUCUUAAUUUUUGGUAAGAAACAGGUGGCUUUUGUUUGAUUUUUUUUACUCGUAGUAUAUAAGUAUUUUUCAAUGUGGAGAAAUAGUUGUUCGGCAGUAGGUGAACCGUUCAACGGCGGCGGCGGCGGCGGCGAGCUAAUGGAAGCGCUUGAGCCUUUUUUGAUCAAGACCGCUUCUCCCCUUUCCCCUCAUCCUCCUCCUCCUCAGCCGCCGCCUCCGCCGGCUUCUUCUCCUUUUCUCUCUGAAAUAUCCCCGUUUUACCCUCCACCCCCAUAUUCUUUCUCUUCUCCCUCCAUUUCUUACCACCCUGUUAGGAGCUCUGACGGAGGAGGAUGUUCCACCUCCGGCGCCGAUUUGCUCCCCCAGCCGAUUUCGGGUUUUGGGUUCGAGCAACCGCGCGGGAUUGGGCUGAACCAGUUGACGUCGGCCCAGAUUCAGCAGAUCCAGGCUCAGGUCAAUCGCCAGCAGCAACAGAUGUCAGAUUUUGGGCCGUUUCAAGCCCAGUGGUCCAAGCAACCGGCCCAUAACCUCAGCUUCUUGGGCCCCAAGGCGGUUCCCAUGAAACCGCAGCCGGCGACGAAGCUGUACAGAGGGGUUCGGCAGCGCCACUGGGGGAAAUGGGUGGCGGAGAUCCGGCUGCCCAAGAACCGUGCCCGCCUCUGGCUGGGAACCUUCGACACGGCGGAGGAAGCCGCCAUGGCUUACGACGAGGCGGCGUUCCAGCUCAGGGGCGACUCGGCGCGGCUCAAUUUCCCGCACCUCCGCAAGAACGGCGCCGGGCUCGGGGAGUUCCGGCCCCUCCACUCCGCCGUGGACGCCAAGCUCCAAGCCAUCUGCAAGAACAUGGCUGAGGGGCAGGGCGUUGACCCGAAGAACUCAAAGCGGUCGUCGCCUUCUUCUUCUUCAUCAUCGAAGCGGCAGCGCAAGGUGAAAGAAGAGGCGGUCGCCGGAGAAGAAGAGGAGGAGGACGGCAAGGCGGCGGAUGAAGGGGGUUACUACAGUUACGGGUCGGGCGGGUCUUCGCCCGUUUCGGAUCUAACGUUCCCGGAAUUCACGGGCGAGGAAUCAACAACUUGGGACAUGUCAUCGGAUUUACAUAAAUACCCCUCGCAUGAGAUUGACUGGGCAUCUCUUUAAUUUCAUUUUGUAAAAUAUAAAAUUCGAAAGUAGGUAAAAAAGAAAUUAAAGACAGGUGAGUUGUAAAAGGGGGCCCCACUGCAAUGGAGUUUUUGGCAAUUGCAGCGAAGGCUGGCCGCCCUAAUAGAUCAUUAAUUAAUAAUUAGUCCCUCCGUUGUGAUUAAUUAUACUCCGUAUUUCGUUUUAUUUAUGUGUGUACCUGUCCCAUUGUUAAUAGAAUAAUAGACCAAUCAUUUUUUUGUUUUGUUAUUUCUUCAUUUUUGCUAUCCUUAAGCUUAAUUAUACCCUCCUUUGUUGGUUAAAUUCAUCACAUUUAAAAUUUAGAAACGCGAUAUUAGAUGUACGUACCUUAAUUGUAUUUAGGGGCUGUUUGUUUCAACCUCUUAAUGGUUCAGAUGUCUGAAUGGUUCAGCACUUAAUGGUUCAGACUGUUUGUUUCAGCCUCUUAAUGGUUCAGAUGUCUGAAUGGUUAAGAGAUUUGCCUCUAGAUGGUUAAGUAUUAUACAGAGUCUGAAUGGUUAAGACCUCUUAUCAAAAUUGAUCAGACAUUUGCCUCUGAAUAGUUAAGCAAUAUACUAGCUCUUAAUGG